AUGGUCUGAUGAUGGACAACUUUCAUCAUCGUUCCUCUUUACUAAGACAAAGAAAUAAAGCUUUCAAAAAAGGUCAAAGACACGCAUCCAAACGAAGUUUGAAAGAUGAAAGUAAAGGAAGAGUAGAGUCAAUACCUGAUACCAUCAAAACCAAUAAAAGGCUAUCCAACAAAUUGGAACGUGAAAAUAAACAAAAGCAGUUGAGAAAGGCAAAAACUAUGUCACUAUUGGAAAAGAGGAGAAAAGCGGCUCUCUCGGAUGCCCCUGUAAUUGUGUUACUUGUUCCGUUUACUGCUUCAGCUAACGCACAUGAGUUGCAUCAGUGGAUUCUAGAGUCACCGGCAGUGACCUCACAUAGGUCACUUUUACAGUGGAAUGAUUACAUUUUGCUUAAAGGCACCAGUGACGAAGCCUCUACUCGUUGGAACUUGUUGUCCGUGGAUAUGGAAGACCUUUCUAGAGUUGUCGAUCUAUUGAAAAUUUCGGAUGUCGUGGUUCCUGUAUUUUAUGCGGAUGAGUUGGCUGAAGACUUUACACCCGCAAGUUAUUGUUUAGAGGUUUUGAGAACGAUGGGUGUUUCUCGUUUGAUACCGAUAGCCAUGUUUCCAGAAAAAAGACGAGACCAUGAAGACUUAUUGAAACAACAUGAAAUGAACGCAGUUAGAAAGCACAGAGCGCAAUUUCUGGUAGAUCAGAGUGUUGCAGAAGAAGUUGAACAAGUACGUCCUAUUCCACUAAGUCAUCAGGGACAAAUUUAUCAGUUGAUACGAGGAGUAGCAACGAAGACACCUCGAAGACCGAAAUGGAGGGAAUCACGUUCUUAUGUUCUUGGAGACAGUUGUCAGUGGGUGGAUAAAAACGUGCUUCAAGUUGUGGGUUAUAUUCGUGGAAGGCCUUGGUUAUGUAAGCAAUUGUUAUAUUUGUCUGGAAUAGGAAUCUUUCAACCCAUCAAAAUAACAACAAAGAAGGAGCCUUGUCCUAAAAAGUCAAUUCACAAGAUUAUGGAUUGGGAAGACACUGAAAAAGUCAUAUUGGAAACUAUUCCUGGUGAUCCAUCGUUUGACUCUACAACAUCCUUUUAUGAAGAAGAUAUUACCGAUAAAGAACCCAUUGAAGAGCAUAUGGAUGAUGACUAUUCCGAUUCGAUAGAGAAUAAUGAAUAUUUAUCAUUUCCAGAGGAGGAAGAUAACCAUUUUCAAGAACCCACAGAUGCGUAUGAGACUUACAUCCAGUCAACCACUCAUGACGAGCCUAGCAGCGAUAAUGAAAUGGAACUUGUGAAUCAUGAAGACGACACAGUUAUUGACAAAGAUGAAUUAGAAAAGCUUCGCAAUGAAAUGAAGGACGAGUUACUAUUUCCUGAUGAAAGAGAUACUCCUCUUGAUCAACCCGCAAGAGAACGAUUCCGCAAAUAUCGAGGACUGGAUUCUUUGGCCAACUCAGAAUGGGAUGCAGAACAGGACUUACCACCAGAAUACAAACGAAUAUUCAAAUUUCCCAACUUCAAUGCCUUUAGAAAGAAGCAGUUGGCAUUAGAAAACAAGUUGUUACAACAUAAUCAUAAUGGGGAUAUCAUCGAGUCUGGAAUGUAUGUUGCAUUCUAUUUGCAUGUGGAAGAGAGCGAAAGAGAUCAUGUUGCUAGUCUUUUUGAACAUCUUUGUGGACGUUCUCUUAUUGCAGUAUGUUUGCAUCGCAAUGAACAUCGAUAUUCUGUCAUUCAUUUCCACAUCAGACGUACUCUAUUCGAUUAUCAUUUACAGAGGGAAGAAGAGGAUGGAACACAAACUGACAACUUUGAGUUGCCGACAGAUAAGUUACCUUGCAGUGCUUCUUCAGUGGUAAAGUCAAAAGACUUGUUGGAAAUUCAAUGUGGAUUUUUCAAAUAUCUGGCUAGACCUAUCUUUUCAGUAACAGUCAAUCAUUCCCAAAAACUGAAAUAUAUCAAGUUUCUACCUAAUCAUCAAACUAUUGUUGCCUCCAUAUAUGGACCUUGUGUAUAUCCUCCAGCUCCUGUACUCGUCAUCAAACCGAGUCAAGACCAUCUUAUUGCACGAGGUUCUAUACUUUCCAUAGAUACGGAUCGCAUCAUUUUGAAACGCAUCGUUUUGUCGGGGUUUCCUUAUAGAGUAUUCAAAUCAAGAGCAGUUGUUCGUUAUAUGUUCUUCAAUCGUGAAGAUAUCCUUUGGUUUCAGCCAUAUCCACUUUGGACAAAGCGAGGACGCCUAGGAAACAUUGAAGAACCUGUUGGUACUCAUGGUUAUAUGAAAUGCCGAUUCAAUGGUCAUUUAAAGGCUCAAGAUACAGUUUGUUUAAGUAUCUAUAAAAGAAUUUUUCCAAAAUGGGUGACCAGAGAAGAGUAUUGGCAAUAUCCUUUACACUGAGUUGUUAUUUUGGAUAAAAGAGGGAGGUGGAAG